GACCCUCGGAGACCCCCACGCGCCCUCGGUUUCGCCUCGGAACGCUCGGAAACCGCUCCGGAACGCUCCUAGACCUCCCUGGAACCCCCCAGGCCCGCCGUUCACUUUUAGACGUCCUAGACGGACCGGAUCGUCGUCGGACGCUUCAGAAAGAAGCCCCCGAGCCCCUAGACUCCCCAGGACCUCUCCAUCCCAUCGGAGAAGCCCUAGAGCGCAGCGAAGCGCCGCAAAGCACUCCAGAGCGCAGCGAAGCGCAACGACGCACCCCAGAGCCCCUAGCAGCCCACCAGAGCGCCUCAGGACGCCCCUGA